AUGCGCACGCAGAAUCCGACACGUGUUCUGUCAAAGUUGGCAGAUUUGGUAGGUACGUGGACGAUUGAAGAAGACAGGAAGGAAAAACAACCAAGCACAAAACGAACAAGUAUUUUUAGACAGACUUUAUGCGUCAGAACGAGACUAUGCAUCGUGUCGCCGUUUAUCUUAUUCUUAUUUGCCUCAUCUGUGGCGCCAGAGCAGAAGCGCUGCGCAGACGCGGCCUAUCAUCACCGCGAACAUCCCAAACAACAGAAAUACUCAGAAUAUCGUCACGGUCCAACACUCAACCGGCACGGCGAGACCUUGACCUUUGCUAGCAGUAGCAGCAGCAGCAGCAGCGACGACGACGACAACACUCCAGCAAACUCGCCGCUGGCAUCGCACCCAGCAAAGCACGACGAUGCCUCCAGAGGACUUCCGGACGCGCAGACUCCUGAGCUCUUCCGGCCGCUGGAGGUGGACGAGUACAUCUCGGACAGAAGUGAUGCAAAGAGAGCUCGCACGAUUCAGACCCUCAGCGAACAGAUCAUGCGUAACUCGGACAUCUUGUACGACGAACUCGCGGACAGUUUCAACAAAGUCGUCCUGUCGAGACACGUGUCCAAAAAACUGGAACAGCCGAGAAAAAUACGUUACGAGUUUGUGGGCAGAUAACUGGCGGAAUCGGUUAAGCAUUCUGCAAAUGCUCCUUGGACUAAACUCUUAUUUGAUGGACAACAGGUCGAGAAUUGAUAUAUUUUUAACUGACCUACAAGUGACAUUUAUUAAUUUAUUGGAGGAUACGUUGUUUCGUUGUUUGUUUUCUAAGCUGAAAAAAUUUUACUGUUAGAAAAUGUGUUAGUG